UUAGGCAAACACAGCGUUAAAAUAUUAUGGUUUAAUCAGUGCUCGAACUGAAUAUGGGCUGGAAGAACUUAUUUCCAAAGUAUUUCGUUACUGGUCACAACAUGGUGGUGUUUAUCUACUUGGUAGUACAAAUACUGAAAAAGCUAGUUUAUUUAAUAGUCUUAUUGAUUCUGAUCUUCGUCAUAUUCAUGGACUUGGUUGUAUUCAACGUGCAACUGAAUCAAAUCUUCCUGGUACAACAAUGAAUGUUCUUCGUUUUCCAACUCAAUUAAGAACCGGAAAAAAUCGAUUUAUUAAUUCAAUUGAAAAUGAAACAACUACUUAA